AUGUAUCGAGGCAAGACCGUUCGGGCCGAACCGGUCGAGUUCGUCGGCCAACACAUCGGAUUACAUGGCGACUUGGGUUCUCACACGAGGCCACGAGACAUUGGUCAAUCCUCGGCAUUGGAUUAUGUCAUAUUCAUUUGCAAACUUUAUUGGCUUGCUCGCAACAGUGUUCCCGACAUCAUUUUUGACUCUAACAAGAAACAAACUAAAUCCGUCUUCGAAUCGCCCAGUCCUUCUCAUAACCUCACAACUUACAAGAUGCAUUUCUCUGCUUUGGCCCUCUCUCUCAUUACCUUGCUCCGCUCAAGCAGCACCCUUGCCACCGCCGCAGAAGCAUUCGACGAUGAGGCCUUGUACAAAAAGACUCUUCCAGAGUUCACCCCCGACGGGCUCAAGAUUGUCGACCUGCGGUUCAAAAAUGACCUAGAAAAACGAGGAGUGUGCGGCAGCGUGCCCGGCGUUGCCAACGGCGAGUGCGUCCGAUACUACAGCAGCACCGGGUGCGCCGACCAGGACCACAUCAAGGGCUACAAGCCCACGUGUGCUGGCAACUGCUAUGUCGAUAAAUUCUACUCGGUCAAGGCCAUUGGCGACGGCACCUACUCGACGAAUUGCGACCUGUUCUCGGAUACUUCGUGCCAGAAUAAGAUUGCGAGCGUUGGCGGCAAGACUGGCGGUGGGCAUUGCGCCAAUGCCAACGGCUGGAGCAUGAAGUGCUACUACCGUUGCUAA